AAAGCUGUACAGCUGUGCUCCGUGGAGCGAACAGAGAAGCUAACAGGCUAACCCCAGCGGUGAAAAUAUCACCACCCGUUCACCAAACAAGACGCUUCGACAGCUACUUUGAGACUUUUAAUCUAACAUGGGAAAAGGUGGUGGUACAUUUGAGAGGCUUCUGGAUAAAGCCACCAGUCAGCUGCUGCUGGAGACUGACUGGGAAUCCAUUCUGCAGAUCUGUGAUCUCAUUCGACAAGGAGAUGCACAAGCUAAAUAUGCUAUUGGGGCCAUUAAGAAGAAGCUGAAUGACAAAAAUCCACAUGUGGCUCUCUAUGCACUUGAGGUCUUGGAGUCAGUGGUGAAGAACUGUGGCCAGACAGUCCAUGAUGAGGUGGCGAGUAAACAGACUAUGGAGGAACUGAAGGAUUUGCUCAAGAAGCAGACGGAACCAAACGUCAGAAACAAGAUCUUGUACCUGAUCCAGGCGUGGGCUCACGCCUUCCGCAACGAACCCAAAUAUAAGGUGGUUCAAGACACCUAUCAGAUCAUGAAAGUGGAAGGUCAUGUGUUCCCUGAGUUUAAGGAGAGUGACGCAAUGUUUGCAGCUGAGAGGGCCCCAGACUGGGUUGAUGCAGAGGAGUGUCACCGGUGCAGAGUCCAGUUUGGAGUUAUGACAAGAAAGCACCAUUGUCGAGCCUGUGGCCAGAUUUUCUGUGGAAAGUGUUCGUCUAAGUACUCCACCAUUCCGAAGUUUGGCAUAGAGAAGGAAGUGCGUGUGUGCGAGCCAUGCUUUGAGCUGCUUAACAACCACCCCUCCCUCUCUCCUCCACUUAGGAAAGCUGAAGGAAAAGCCCCAGCCUCAGGCCCUGCCGAGCUGCCUCCUGAGUACCUGACCAGCCCGCUGUCCCAACAGUCACAGGAUCUUACCAUUGCUCCGCUCUCUCACCAGAUGCCCCCCAAGAGAGAUGAGGCGGCACUGCAGGAGGAGGAGGAGCUACAGCUGGCCAUUGCCCUUUCUCAAAGUGAGGCUGAGGAAAAAGAGCGAAUGAGGCAGAAAAACUCCUACUCAAUGUAUCCCAAAGCUGAUCCCACUCCGGUGACUUCCUCUGCACCACCAGUCAGCACCCUCUACACCUCCCCCGUGAACUCCUCCGCUCCAUCAGCUGAAGAUGUCGAUCCCGAGCUGGCCCGUUACCUGAACAGAACAUACUGGGAGAAGAAACAAGAAGAGGCUCGCAAGAGUCCCACCCCCUCAGCCCCUGCCCCUGUGCCAUUAGCUGAGCCCCUUCCGGCGAUCAGUCAGCCUGUCGAAAGUCAUGUCCCUCCUGUCCAGCCAGUCAGCAUAGUGGAGCAGCAGUACCAGAACGGGGAGUCAGAGGAGAACCAUGAGCAGUUUCUGAAGGCCCUGCAGAAUGCUGUCUCCACCUUCCUCAACCGCAUGAAAAGCAACCACAUGCGUGGGCGAAGCAUCACCAAUGACAGCGCUGUGCUCUCACUCUUCCAAUCCAUCAACAACAUGCAUCCUCAGCUGUUGGACAUCCUCAACCAGCUAGAUGAGAAGCGCUUGUACUACGAGGGGCUGCAGGACAAGUUGGCUCAGGUGCGUGAUGCUCGGGCAGCCCUCAACGCCCUUCGGGACGAACACAGAGAGAAGCUGCGUCGUGCCGCAGAAGAAGCGGAGAGACAGAGGCAGAUCCAGCUGGCACAGAAACUUGAGAUCAUGAGGCAGAAGAAACAGGAGUAUCUGGAGAUGCAAAGACAGCUGGCCAUCCAGCGCCUCCAGGAGCAGGAGAAGGAGAGGCAGAUGCGUCUGGAGCAGCAGAAGCACACAGUGCAGAUGAGAGCUCAAAUGCCUGCUUUCUCUCUGCCCUACGCCCAGAUGCAGUCUUUGCCCCCCAAUGUGGCAGGAGGGGUGGUGUACCAGCCUGGUGCUCCACCCAGCUACCCAGGCACCUUCAGCCCUGCUGGUUCUGUGGAGGGUUCACCUAUGCACAACAUCUAUAUGAACCAGCCUGGGCAGACGGCACCACCACAAUACCAGGCCAUGCCCGGUCCUCCCACAGAUCCCAAUAUGGUUAAUCCGUACAUGUACCAAGCUGCAGGCGCCAAUGGGCAGCCUGCUCCUCCUCCUGUUCAAGCUCCAUCCAAUACUAGUCCACCCUACUCCAACUAUCAGCCCACACCCACACAGGGUUACCAGAAUGUGGUCUCUCAGGCCCAAAGUAUGCCACCCAUGUCCCAGGCUGCCCCCACUAAUGGUAUGGGCUACAUCGGCUACCAGACAUACAACAUGCAGAAUAUGAUUUCAGCAUUGCCAGGACAGGACCCCAACAUGCCCCCACAACAGCAGUACAUGCCAGGCCAGCAGCCCAUGUACCAACAGGUGGCUCCACAACAACAACAGCAGCAGCAGCAGCAACAGCAGCAGCAGCAGCAGCAGCAGCAGCAGCAGCAGGCCCUUCAGGCUGUCCCCGGCAGCGCAGAAGCACAGCUGAUCUCCUUCGACUGAAAGCCUACAUGCUGCAGGGUCUGACACACUACACCUUCUCUCCUACUUUUGAUCUUUCCCCUCGCUCUCUGGACUCUGAGGAUGGCCUCUGGAAACGCAUACCUCCCACCUUCCACCUUGCUGUGAUGUUGUGGCAAUGUAAAAUAUUGUGAUGAUGUUGCAGAACUGUUGCUCUCCUCAACUCUCCCCCACUGAAGUAUGGGAAUGUGGGGUGAAGCCGCAAGAGAGGCACCGUAACACAGACCCUUUCACCCUCUUCCUCCCUCUUUCCAGCUGAUAUGUAUGUAGUAUUUCCUUAUUAAAAGAAUAACUGAAGCUCAGAAAUAGUCAGUUGUAUUAAAGUUAAAAAUGAAUAAGAAAAAUAUGAUAAUAAUUGAGGAGAAAAAAAGACAUAACCAUCCUUGGCCUCAUAUUUUUCUAAGGCAAAAUUUGCAUGGUAAGUUUUUAUUAUUUUCUGUAAUGGAAGUGAAUUAUUGCAACCUAUCCUAAAGCUGAUUAUACACGGGGCAACUUUUUGAGCAAUGUUGCUAGUGGCAAGUCAGACUAUGUUUUGAACGGAUAGCGGCGGUGCGUGGUGGGGGAAGGGGAUUACGGUAGUAAUCUUUACUCAUUACCAUUGUGGCAACGUUGCCCUGCACGAUUGCUCUAAAAGUUGCUCUGUGUAUCAUCAGCUUGACAGUUUGGGUAAUAACUGAAAGACAUCUGUAUGUGCUGUUUAAGAGAUUGUGGGGGUAAAGAGUGACGUCUAGAGAGAAAGCACAGUCAAUGGACUGAAAUAAAUAGCACUAACUCACAUCUCCAUCAGAUUCACAGUUUGCCAUUCCAGGUCCAUCCUUUCUCAUGCACACAUAAACGCCUCUUAUGUUGUUUGGGAAUUUCUUUGUUGUGCACCGUUUGGGAUAUAUUCUUAAUUGUAAAUUGUGGGAGCAGUGUGGGAACAUAAACUGGGUGGUUGUUUAAUCCUCACUUAAUAUACUUUUAUAGAUUAAAUCAUUGAAAUUAAACAACUAGUGACCAUAAAUAAUACAUACUAAAAGCAGUCCAGCAACUCUUAUAGCAUCCCCCAGCUCAUGGAUUGUGUUGCUGAACAUAGUACCAUCACAAGACUGACAGAAGUAUAGAGAACCAUAAACUAUAAUUAACUGCAAAUGGCCUCCAUGCACCCCACCCUGUGUGCAUUUGGUUGCAACUGUCACAAGUGGGCCAUCUUUUCUAAAGUGUACUUUGCUCUUCAGAAAUGUGGAAUUGCUUGCAGAGUGAUCAGGAUAUGUUGCAUGUUUAUAUCACACAUCCAAUCAGUGAUUUCUGUAAUCCUUCAGUUGCCAUCUGUGAACUUCUUUCUUCCAUCAUACUGAUCUGUCGGACUUUAAAGUAAUUUUAAAAUUAUAUUUAAUAAAUAUCUGGUUCUUAUUGUC